AUUCAACCAGUGUGUGCCCAGUGCACUGUUUUCUAGCUGGCACCAUCCAUCAAUCCAUCCAAAACGUCACCUUUUUAAACUCCAGUGCCGUCCGCGCUUUGCAGGUCUUACCCGCGCCCCCCUCCUACCUUCCCCAUUCUCCCGCUUGACAACAGCGGGGAGAAUUGGACCAUGUGCCAUGAAACGUGCCCACGGCGGGGCUGUGGGAAAGUUCGGGGGAGAGAGAACCCACACAUUGUCAUGACUGCCCACGGGAGAUUAGGACACCGAUAGUGUGGACUGUGCAGCUGAGCUAUCAAUUGGUCUGCUGGUUUGGUGUGCGCUCUGCAGCUCGAGGAUGACGGCCUUCAACAUGGAAGACGGGGGAAAUGCUCCCGAGAAGAAUUUUAACGCCAAAGAUGAACGAAAGCUGCGGAAGCCUCUGAUAGAGAAGAGGAGGCGGGAGCGAAUCAACUGCAGUCUUGAGCAACUGAAGGGGAUCAUUGUGGACGCCUAUAACCUAGAUCAAUCUAAACUGGAGAAGGCUGAUGUACUGGAGGUUACUGUCCAACAUAUGGAGGGUCUACAAAAGGGUCAUGGUCCCGGCAUCUCUGCUGGUCCCAGCGUCGGGUACCAGUCCCGGCAGCGGUACAGCAGUGGAUACAUCCAGUGUAUGCAGGAGGUCCAUAACCUGCUCCUGGGCUGUCCAGGCAUGGACAAGUCUCUAGGGGCCCAGCUCCUCAAUCACCUCCUUAAGUCUCUGCCCCACAUCAACUCAGAGACUGGGCCUGGAAACACUGGUGGCAAUGGGCCUAAUCGGACCCCAACAAGGCCUAUCACUGGUGGGGUCAAUGGGACCAAGGAGGUGAAUAGGACUCUGAUAAGGGCCAUUGGUAAUUGUAACGGUAGUAUUGGUUGUGGUGGUAGUAGUAGUAGUAAUGGUGCUAGUCCCAAUUCUGGCCCUGGAUCCCCUCCCCAGUCUCCGCUUUCACUGCCUUCUGGAAGCGUAGGUCUAUUCCGACCUCGCCGUUUACAGAUGCAUCAUGCCUCGCCGCCGUUGACCACGCCCACAAGAUGCCCCCCGCUCCAUGCCCCCCACAGGCGGGUGCAUUCUGGGAGAGAUGGGAGGGAGCAGCUGCCUGCCUCCUCCCCUUCUAGCCCACCCAACCUCCCCCAGCCAGGGGUGUUUCACCCCGCCCCCCUGCCUCCUUUCUUCGGCCCUGUGGGAGACCCCUCUAUGUGGAGGCCUUGGUGAAAAAAGCGGACACACACACACCUUUCAUCACUUUAAGACCCCUGAGUGUUUCCUGACCCUGUGAUCUGAGUGUAAAAAUGCCAAUACGGCAGCAGACCACCUAGGGCCUGGAGUUUUUCCCAGUCACCUCAUGCUGGUGGUCAGGAAAAACUCAGGGACUCUUUGUUUUUUAUCUAAUUCCAUCUCAUGGGAUCUCUCAACUCUGUUGUUCCUGGAUUGAGUGCAGAAGUCAGGAAAUAAAGAUCUGGGUGGAUCUACAAGUUUCACUUCCUGUAAAAAUUGUACCCAAUAUGUUGUGGUGUGAUUGAGAGAUGCAUCAGCCCUCUAGCAACAUGUCUUUAGGGCUCUGCUAUAUUAUGCAUUGCCACCAGUUCUAUGGUCUCAUUUUUCGUUUAAAUGCUUCACAUUUUUAACAUUUUAGACAUCAAUUAUAUUAGUUUGUUUAUGAGAUUGGCCAGAAGUAACCAUUGUUUUUACAAUUUUGUUUUCUUCCAAGUAUUUCACUGGUGUUCAUUUUGUUUUCGAUGUGUAGAAAAUGGUCACAGAAUGUGGAAUUUGUUUUGUCACACACUGAUAAAUUGAUUUAUUAAUUAAACAGAUUUGCUUAAUUGAUUCAGAUCUAAUGUUUGUAAUUACAAUGAAUUGCUUUCUUUGGAAAUGUUUUUAUUCUUGUAUAUUACAAGAAGAUGGUCUGUUUCAUAUUGAAACAGCUAAAAUGAAGUGUGUGCUGGAUCUUUGUUGUUCACAAUUGAAUAAAACGGUAUUAAAACAAU